GUUCCCCGCCGCUCACCGCUAGCUGGGCGCUCUUGGUGGCGAUGACGGUGAAAAGCGAGGCUGCCAGGGGCACCCUCACUUACUCCAAGAUGAGGGGAAUGGUAGCCAUUCUCAUCGCUUUCAUGAAACAGAGGAGGAUGGGCCUGAACGACUUUAUUCAGAAGAUUGCCAAUAACUCCUAUGCAUGCAAACACCCUGAAGUUCAGUCCAUUUUGAAAAUCUCCCAACCUCAGGAGCCUGAGCUUAUGAAUGCCAACCCUUCUCCCCCACCAAGUCCUUCUCAGCAAAUCAACCUUGGUCCGUCAUCCAAUCCUCAUGCUAAACCAUCUGACUUUCACUUUUUGAAAGUGAUUGGGAAGGGCAGUUUUGGAAAGGUUCUUCUAGCAAGACACAAGGCAGAAGAAGUGUUUUAUGCAGUCAAAGUUUUACAGAAGAAAGCAAUCCUGAAAAAGAAGGAGGAGAAGCAUAUUAUGUCAGAGAGGAAUGUUCUACUGAAGAACGUGAAACACCCUUUCCUAGUGGGCCUUCACUUCUCUUUCCAGACUGCGGACAAACUGUACUUUGUCCUUGACUACAUUAAUGGUGGAGAGUUGUUCUACCACCUCCAGAGGGAGCGCUGCUUCCUGGAACCACGGGCUCGUUUCUAUGCUGCUGAAAUAGCCAGUGCCUUGGGUUACCUGCACUCUCUGAACAUCGUUUAUAGAGACUUAAAACCAGAGAAUAUUUUGCUAGAUUCACAGGGACACAUUGUCCUUACUGACUUUGGACUCUGCAAGGAGAACAUUGAACACAACGGCACGACAUCCACCUUCUGUGGCACACCUGAGUAUCUCGCACCUGAAGUGCUUCAUAAGCAGCCUUAUGACAGGACUGUGGACUGGUGGUGCCUGGGGGCCGUCUUAUAUGAGAUGCUCUAUGGCCUGCCGCCUUUUUAUAGCCGAAACACAGCUGAGAUGUACGACAACAUUCUGAACAAGCCCCUCCAGUUGAAACCAAAUAUCACGAAUUCCGCAAGACACCUCCUGGAGGGCCUCCUGCAGAAGGACAGGACAAAGAGGCUCGGUGCCAAGGAUGACUUUAUGGAGAUUAAGAAUCAUGUCUUCUUCUCCCUAAUGAACUGGGAUGAUCUCAUUAAUAAGAAGAUUACUCCACCUUUUAACCCAAAUGUGAGUGGACCCAGUGACCUGCGGCACUUUGAUCCUGAGUUUACUGAAGAACCUGUCCCCAACUCCAUUGGCAGGUCUCCUGAUAGCAUUCUCAUCACCGCCAGCGUCAAGGAAGCUGCUGAGGCCUUCCUGGGCUUUUCAUAUGCACCUCCCAUCGACUCUUUCCUCUAAACAGUUUUAGGGUUGGUUUUGAAGGAUUUUAUGUGUGUUUUUAAAUGUUUUAGUUAGCCUUUUGGCAGAGCUGCCAGCUGACAGGACAUCUUAAAAGAGAAUUUGCACAUCUCUGGAAGCUUAGCAAUCUUAUUGCACACUGUUUGCUGGAAGCUUUUCAAAGAGCACAUCUUCCUCUCAUAAGGUUUUCAUUUUUAUUCUUCCUUCCAACGUGGUGCUAUCUCUGAAAUGAGCAUCAGCGUGCCGCCUUAGACAGACAAAGCAGUCUUGUUAGAAGGGGGACGCCGUUCCUGAGAAGGAUUGUCUGCAGGUCUGUCUGGGCUGUGAUAAUGAAUAUUAUGAAAUGUGCCUUUUCUGAUGAGAUCGUGUUAGCUCCAAAGCUUUUCCUAUUGCAGAGUGUUUCAGUUCUUUAUUUUACCUUGUAGAUUUACUGUGUGAACAGUGGUAUGAGUGUGGUAUGCUUGAUCACAGAUGGAUUUUGUUAUAAGCAUCAAUGUGACACUUGCAGGACACUACAAUGUGGGACAUUGUUUGUUUCUUCCAUAUUUGGAAGAUAAUUUUAUGUGUAGACUGGUUUUUUUGUUUUUUUUUUUUUGUAAGAUAGUUAAUAAUUAAAAUUUAUUGAAAUGGUCUUGGCAAUGACUUGUAUUCAGAUGCUUAAAGAAAGCAUUGCUGCUACAAAUAUUUCUAUUUUUUAGAAAGGGUUUUUAUGGACCAAUGCCCCAGUUGUCAGUCAAAGCUGUUGGUGUUUUCAUUGUUUAAAAUGUCACCUGUAAAAUGGGCAUUAUUUAUGUUUUUUCUUUUUUGCAUUCCUGAUAAUUCUAUGUAUUGUAUAAAGAAAGUCUGUACAUUGGGUUGUAACACUAGUAUAUUUAACUUACAGGCUUAAUUGUAAUGUAAACCACCAUUUUAAUGUACUGUAAUUAACAUGGUUAUAAUAUGUACAAUCCUUCCCUCUCCACCACACAACUUUUUUUGUGUGUGAUA